AGAGAUGAAAUCUGCUCCUCCUCGUCCAGUGAGUGCCACAACCAAUCCUGACUCUGGUGGGAAGAUGAACGCUUCUUUCUCUCGUGACUUUUGCUGUUUGAAGGAUGCUCUUGUGAUGGGAAGUGAAAUGCCUCAAGUCCUGCUUUCCUCCUCGUCCGUUGUAUUCAAGGAUGUGUCCUCAGCUGGCCUGGUACUGGCUUCCUCGGCUUUUGCUUUCCAGAGUGUUCAAGCUAGCCUUGUUGCUGCAGAAAGGUUGGUUCUGCUAGAAAAGGCUGUGGACGAAUUAAAAAGAAAAGAGAAAAGUUUUCA